GUGGCAACUCACCCCGCACCCGAUCGUAGACUGUAUAUAAGCCCCAUCUGGUCGGAUUCAGUAUUCCAAUCCCUCAAGGAUUAUCCGUCUCGGAUUUCAGUGAGCUAGGUCUAGCUCUCCGUAGCGGCAUUCAGCUGAAAUUCCGCCUCCUGUGUUGCCAGGGUCGCGAAAGCUUGAAAGAACGAAUUUAAACCAGGAAUCAGUAGGUGGACACAGUUGUGAUUGUUGAUUGGGUUGGGUGAAAGAUGCUGCGUUUCUAUUUCUGCGAAUUGGGUAGAUAGGAAUCGGUAGCUGGUUUGAUUGGCAUCGCAGUGAUAGUUGCUGAGUGACGACAGAGGAAGUGAUUGGAGAUUUGCUGGGAUAAGUGGGUUUUGGGUUUAAACAGGUUUGGUGAUACUUGAGAGUGAAAGAUUGAAUCGAAUUGCCAGUGGGUUUUUGGUGGAGAGUGGGAAUUUCGAGCCUAUGUUCUUAGUUGCAUUUGCGAGCAGCUGUGAGAGAAUUGAGAGAGACACGCCAGCUGGCGUAGAACUGCUUGUGAGUUUGCUAGAGGGUGUAGAUUUGUUCAGAAAGUUAGUUAAUUCCCAGCGAAGAAGAAGUUUCGAGAACAUCGAGAGGAGGUGAGGUUUCGAGAAAAUUGAGAGGAGGAUUGAGUUCCAAGUAGUGCCGUCUCUUUUGAUGGUUCAUUUGCAGGAUUUUGUGAAGUGUUUCGUGAUUUUUGUCUGCUUUGUGGGAAGCGGAAGAAUGCGCUGAUUGGUGCGAGAGCAGGAGCAAUCAACAGUCGCAGUUCUGUAACUUAGAGACUCGGUGGGAGCAGAAUUAUCAAUUAGAGGCCCAAGCAGUAAUUUCCCAUCUGUAAUCAGGGAGGCGAUCAAGACGACGACGAUUAGGCGAACCGGCAUGCAUUUGGGCAACCAGGGGAAUGCCAGGCUGAGUCCAACUUCCGGCCACAUCGAGAAGCCUCCUCGUAAACCCGGAAAGAGAUGGAAGAAAGGGGCAAUGAAAGGCAAGGGCGGUCCGGAGAACUCUGCUUGUGAAUUUCGUGGUGUGCGACAGAGAACCUGGGGCAAAUGGGUUGCAGAAAUUCGGGAGCCCAAAAAACGUGUUCGCCUCUGGCUCGGAAGCUUUCCGACCGCUAAAGAAGCAGCGCUGGCUUACGACAUCGCGGCUCGCAAGUUUUAUGGUCCUUUGGCAGAGCUCAAUUUGCCUGCUCACGAGUCGGCCGGGCUUGAUUCUGUCCCUUCCUCAAAACGCACAGAGCAGUCAUCCUCGCCACCUAGAAAAAUGCACGAUGUAGCAAUACCAGAAUUGCUAGAAUUUCCUCAUCAUCGCCCUUUAGAGACUGCGGUAAAUGUAGGCAGUAGUGGUCGCACGUCACUGCAUAUAGGAAUUAUGGAAGACUUCAACGACGACGAAAUAGCGUUGGCCAACUUCGAUAGUUCUAUUCAUGACUUGGACAUUAGGGAUAUACUUCUUCGAGAAACUGUUGGGGACAGUCGUGGGAAGGUAGACCCGACGCCAUCACCAGAUGUGAGCACCACUUCGUCUUCCUCGUUGCGAGUUUAUCCACCACAGCAGCGAUUUCCUAGCGCACCCGAGUUUGAGCAACAGCAGUAUUACAGUUCGCAAGCGGAACGAGCGGGAACUUUCUCGUCAUGCGAGCAACCCCAGGACAUCGACAGAUUUUUGCAUCAAAGAGAUACUUAUUCAAUCCCGUCCUUCAGACCAGAUGACUACUAUGACGGCGCAUCGGGUUCAAACUCCAGCUCGUCUCCGUCGAUAGACAGUGCAGGGGGUUCCUACCCUGCUGGCGUUUACUGGGAGGACGAAGAUCUGGGCUCUCAAUUCCUCAAUCUCGAGCUCCAGAGCCUUGACAGUGCAUUGAGAGAGCCUCUGUUUUCUGAUUGUUGAGCAUUGGGACACCCCGCUCCCUGGCGACAAGCUCCUCUUCAGCAGCUACAAAAAUUUGUGGUAGAUUACAUAUAUUAGGGUACAGAUUCUAGUAUGUCCACAAACCUGGGACACAGAUUGAUGAUCUCAGAUACCGGUCCAGUUCGUGACACUUCACAGCACAUUUUUGAAGCUGCUGAAGUGUGUUAGCUAUGCAGGAUAUACUAUCAAUUUUUUAGAAAACAUUCUGACCACGCAACAAUAGGUGACGACGUGGAUCACCUGGGGGGCUUCUUGUCAUGUAAAGGAUUACAUACCUCAAGCUCUAAAUCCAAUACCUUUCUGUAACUUUAUGCCACACAUAACCAAUCAAGAUACUGCCUCAUCUUUUAUUGCUGCAUUU